CACCAUAAAAAUACAAUAACGUAGUAGGAUUAAAUGUACAAAUAAACAGGUCCUAACCAAGUAGUGUAAAACGUAGAAUUUUUAGUUCCAAAAAAUGGAAGACAAGCAACUAAUGAAAACUAGCCAGAAUAAAUCUAAAAAACAUAUACCAUUUUGUUGGCAACUACCUGUAAUUCUGAAAGGUUGGAAGCAAGAGCUAACCGAAGACGAUCUUUAUACACCUUUGAAAGAAUUUGAAUCUAGACGAUUAGGAGACGAGUUAGAACGACUCUGGCAAGACGAAGAACAAUUUUCUAAAAACCCGUCACUAACCACAGCGCUAUGGAAACUAGUACGAGUAAAAUUCAUGCUUUAUGGGUUUGUGUUGUUUGUAUUUAAACUAACCUCUUUUACCGUACAACCACUCUGUUUAAGAAAAAUUUUAGACUACCACACAUCCAAUCAAACUGACGUAUCUCUAAGAGAAGCUUACACAUACGCGGGAAUUAGUGCCACCACAAUUCUACUAUUUAUGAUUGUGAUUCACUGGACCAUACUACAACUCACUUUACUCGGGUUGAAGGUCCGAAUAGCUUGUUCUUCUCUGAUUUUUCGUAGAGCGUUGAAACUAAAGCAAAGCUCGUUGGGGAAAGUACCGAUAGGUCACGUGAUUAACUUACUGUCAAAUGACGUCAACAGAUUUGAGACUUGUCUUCCAUUUCUUCCACACAUUUGGAUAGCGCCUGUUAACUUAAUAAUAGUAACUUGUAUUCUGGACUUCACUCUUGGCCAUACAGCCACGUGUGGAAUUGGUGUCCUAGUUAUUUUUGUAAUAUUUCAAAUGUACUCCAUGAAGAUGCUUUCUUCUGUCAGACGAAACGUUGCUGAGAAAACUGACUACAGAGUGCGAUUAAUGAAUGAUGUCAUCUGCGGUAUUCAAGCCAUUAAAAUGUACACUUGGGAAAAACCGUACAUGAAACUGAUACACAACGUGAGAAAACAAGAGAUGAACAAAGUAGUUGCCAGUAACCACAUCCGUGUUCUAAACCUUGUCUUUAGAAUAUACAUUUCCAAAUUGGGUGUUUACUUGUCAAUACUGGUUACUACAUUAAUGGGGUUACCUUUGACGUCACAGUACGUCUUUGUCAUGUUUAACAUUUAUGAAACUUUGAAAAUGUCUACAAGUAUGCUGUUCCAACACGCUCUGGGACAGGUUGCCGAAACAAACAUUUCGAUACAGCGAAUCCAGUCGUACUUGCUCCACGACCACCAAACCUUAACUCCAAACGUAGACUCCAUUGCCACAUUUAGACAAGACAAAUAUCAAACCAAACCCGGAAUCUCUCUAAAAAGUGUUAGCAUCAAGUGGAAUUCUGCUUCUCCUAGUUUUACUUUAAGCGACGUCAAUUUUGAAGCCUCACCCGGCGAACUAGUUGCCAUAGCUGGUGCUACUGGUAGCGGAAAAUCAACACUUCUUUAUGCGAUUUUGAACGAAGUCGACGUAAUUAAAGGCAACAUUGAGCUUGAAGGAACAAUCUCGUACGCAUCCCAAGAACCGUGGAUUUUUUCAGCCAGUAUUAAGCAAAAUAUCCUCUUCGGGGAAGAUUUCAACAGGCUGAAAUAUUUGAAGGUACUCAAAGCCUGCGCUCUUGAGCACGACCUUGCUAUGUUUCCGCACGGUGACCAAACCCGGGUUGGCGAAAGAGGGGUCAUGUUGAGUGGUGGCCAAAAGGCGAGAAUCGGUUUAGCAAGAGCUGUGUACAGAGACGCUGAUGUUUAUUUGCUUGAUGAUCCAUUAUCAGCGGUGGAUUCUCAAGUGGCACGUCACAUUUUCAACGACUGCGUUUGUGGCUAUUUGAAAACGAAAUGCGUGAUUUUGGUGACGCAUCAAAUCCAGUUCUUGAAACGCGUGAACAGAGUGUAUUUGAUUGAGUCACAAACUGUUUAUAAGUGUAACGAAGACACGAAUUUUGCAAAUUUUGGAAAAUAUUUUGUCGACGAUGUUUCAAAGACGGAAGAGACACAACCUAAUUUUGUGGAACUAAAUCAACUUCAAGUUGAAACUAAAGAACAUCGGAGUUCUGAUGCUACGUUAUCAAAAGCUUACAAGGGCUACGUCAGUGCAGGGAAUUUGUUUCUUACUUGUGUGAUAUUUUGUUCUUUCGUAAUAGGUUUAGGGAUUAAUAUUUCAGUUGAUUAUUUUUUGGCACUGUGGGUUGAUGCGGAGCAAGGUGACACUGUCAAAGAUUGGAAUUUUUUAAAGUUCCUCGACAAAAGUUGUUACCUAUACGUGUAUACGGUUCUAUUGGUACUUUUAGUACUGUCGUCACAUGGUACUUCUUGCUUGUUCGUAACAUGGUCCAAAUCAAUCUCAAACAAUUUGCACAACGUUAUGUUGCAAAGAAUUGUCAAUGCAACUGUAACAUUCUUCAACGAGCAUUCUUCUGGUCGAAUUCUUAAUCGUUUCACCAAAGACAUCGGAAUUGUUGACGAGAUUAUUCCGCCUGUCUUUAUGGCGGUACUCACGAGCCUCAGUGUUAUAUUAAGUGUCCUUUGUCUUAUUAUCUUUUCAAAUUAUUGGAUCGUGUUUCCUAUAGUUUUGGUCGUUCUAAUAACAAUAGGUUUUAAAAUGAUAUUUCAGCACACUAGUAGCAGCCUGAAAAGAACAGAGGCAGUAACUCGAAGUGCCGCACUUACACAUUUAUCGGCAUCUGUUCAAGGUUUACCAAUAAUAAGAGCUUUCGGACUGGAAAGUAAAAUCGUAGAUGAAUUUGACUAUCACGAAAGUCUUCACAGUUCAGCCUUCUACUUAUUCGCGACAACAUUCGCCGCAUUUAGCUUCUGGACAGAUGUAGUUUGCGCUUUAUUCAACAUUCUAGUAAUAUUUAGUUUCUUGUUCAUAAAAGUUGACUCUUCCGCCGGUUUUGUUGGCUUGGCCAUAACGCAGUCUAUGAUGUUGGUACGACUAGUUCAGUACACUCUAAAAAACUGGGGAGACCUUGAAGCAAGAAUGGUUUCAGUGGAACGAAUAAUAGAAUAUACAGAAAUAGAAGUAGAAUCCAAUGCCGGAGUUGCUAAAGUUGCACAGGACUGGCCAACCACAGGCAAACUAUCAUUUGUUUCAGUUUCUCUCCAAUAUUCCCCUGAUACUCCCUUCGUUCUAAAGAAUAUCUCCUUCGAAAUCAAACACGGCGAAAAAAUCGGAAUCGUCGGUAGAACCGGUGCUGGCAAAACCUCACUCACGUCAGUCCUUUUCCGUUUAUUCCACCACGAAGGAGACGUUUUCAUCGACGGAGUUAACACCAAAACCAUAUCUUUAGACGUUCUUCGUUCCAAAAUCACCAUCAUUCCUCAAGAUCCGGUUUUAUUUUUGGGCACUCUGCGCAAAAAUAUCGACCCUUUUGACGAUUACACAGACCACGAAAUUUGGAGUUGCUUGGACGAACUAGAACUGAAAGAAAUGGUUUCAAAAUUGUCAAAUGGUUUAGAAAGUCAAAUUUCCGAAAAGGGUUCGAAUUUUAGUUUCGGUGAAAAGCAGCUGCUGUGUCUUGUUAGGGCCAUGUUGAGGAAUAAUAAAUUAAUCGUGCUGGAUGAAGCUACAGCUAAUGUUGAUUUGAAGACGGACGAACUAAUUCAGGCUGUGAUUAGACGGAAAUUUCGACAUUGUACGGUUUUGACUGUAGCGCAUCGUUUGAACACGGUUAUAGAUUCCGACAGGAUUUUGGUUCUCGAUGAUGGUUCAAUUGUGGAAUUUGAUCAUCCGUUUUUGCUGUUGCAGAACACGGAAGGUUUUUUUUAUGAAUACAUCAAGCAGUAUGGAAAUGCAGUGGUGUCAGAGUUUAAGGCAAGUGCUGAAUAUAAUUACAGACAACUAAAUACUGCUUCCAGUUUAACGGAAUAUGAAAAUGAAGAGGAUAAGAGUUUGUGAAAGAUGUUUCAGUUAAAAAUUUCUGAAACAUGAUUGAUAUUUAUGUCAAGAAGCAGCUCUCAACAAGUUUUACUUUCCGUUUCCAGAUAAUUUCCUAAACUA